UAUGUAUUCCUGUUAAAAGAAAGAAAAAAAAAGAAGAAGAAGCUAUGUAUGUAUUUUGCCGUUACUUUCUCCAGAACGAAACCAUAAUCCAAGCAAACUUCUUCCAAGUUCUGAAACUUUCAUAUUUCAGCUUCCAGACACGGGCCAUAGCCAAUUCCCAGUCGAAGCCCCCACCACCCAUUCAAACAAUUUAUCUCACUUUCGCUCUGGAACUACCAUCAUCGACUCCGAUGAACAUGGCUCCAAUCCAAUUCGACAUACGUGCCGCUGUAAACGCCGCAAAUCUCUUCUUCGUCAAUCCUGAUCUUCUUCUCCCUCGCCGCCGCUUGCCUCUUUCUUCUCGACCGUUCCCUUCUUCCUGCGGGGCGGCUGCUUCACGAGCGCCGUCAUCUUCGUCGUCGUUGUUCAGGUUGAGAGCUUUCUCCACUGGACCUUCGGAGUCAGCGAUUAAACUCCCCGAGAAGCCUCCCAUUUGCAGUGCCGACGAGCUUCACUAUGUCACCAUCCCCAAUUCCGAUUGGCGCCUUGCUCUCUGGCGCUACCACCCUUGUCCUCAGGCCCCUCCAAGGAAUCAUCCACUGUUGCUAUUGUCUGGAGUCGGGACUAAUGCCAUUGGUUAUGACCUCUCUCCUGGGUCAUCAUUUGCAAGGUACAUGUCUGGCCAGGGGUAUGACACCUGGAUUCUUGAAGUCCGAGGUGCUGGACUGAGUGUACGGGAAUCAGAUGCCAAAAAUAUUGGGGAGUCUGCAUAUGCAGCUUCUGAGCAGAUGGAAUCUGCUGCUAAGGGUGUAACUACCGGGUCUCUGUCGGCGAAUCAGGCAACUGCAAAAGAUGGUAGGCAGUCUGCUUCCGAGCAGAUGGAGUCUGUUGCUAAGAGUGUAACUAACGGAGAUCCAUCAUCAAGCCAGGAAACUGCAAGUGCUGCUCAAAGUACAUCACCAAGUUCUGAGCUUUCAUCAGUUCCCGAGGACCCAACUGGACUAUCAACUGCUUGGGAUGAAUCUAAGUUGGUGUCCAAGUUGACAGAUACUUUCAUGACCUUGUCAGACAGUCUCUCUGGCUUUCUUAGUGAAGGUCAAUCCAUGAUAAUGUCAGCUAAAUUGUUUGACCAGAUAUCAACACUUUUAGAAGAUACCCAGUUAUCUGAGCGCCUAAAUGAGUUGCGGGAAAAGCUUUUGAGCUUGUUGGAGACGAGGCAAAAUUCUGGUGUUGCCAGUCAGAUCAGGGAGCUAAGCCAGACACUUGUAAAUAUUGCUGAGGAAGGUCAAAAGUCCGUCUCGCCUCAGUUGUCUGAUUUGCAUGAUCGUCUUACGUCAACUGUAGAAGAUUUUCAGAAACAACUUGACCUUAUUGUUAAGUAUGAUUGGGACUUCGACCAUUACCUUGAGGAGGAUGUUCCUACUGCGGUGAGAUGCAAUAUAUAAAGGCAGAAUGCAAACCAAAGGAUGGCAAGUUGCUUGCAAUAGGACAUUCCAUGGGAGGCAUCCUGCUGUACGCAAGAACGUCAAGGUGUGGAAACGACUCUGGCUUUGCUGCUAUUGUUACUCUGGCAUCGUCAGUUGACUACACUACCUCGAAUUCAAGGCUCAAGUUACUUAUACCACUGGCUGAUCCUGCUCAGGCUCUUAAUGUACCUGUUGUUCCUUUGGGGGCAAUGUUGGCAGCGGCAUUUCCUCUUUCGUCUCGUCCUCCUUAUGCGCUAUCUUGGCUCAACCAUCUUAUAUCAGCACAAGAUAUGAUGCACCCAGAACUGCUAGAAAAGCUUGUUUUGAACAACUUUUGUACCAUACCAGCCAAACUUCUUCUGCAGCUUACAACAGCUUUUCGAGAGGGUGGAUUGCGUGACAGGAGUGGCGGGUUUCUCUACAAGGACCAUUUACAUAAGUGCAAUAUCCCAGUCUUGGCCUUGGCAGGUGAUCAAGAUCUAAUCUGUCCACCGGAAGCUGUAGAAGAAACCGUCAAAGUUCUCCCCAAACAUUUGGCGACCUACAAAGUCUUUGGAGAAUCAGGAGGUCCUCACUAUGCGCAUUACGACUUGGUUGGAGGACAACUGGACCGUGGAGUGUUGGACGGCUUCCAUAGGCCGAGAGCUGUAGAGACUUUGAGGCGAUAUAAGUGGAGUGCAGAGGGUUCCAAGGAGAUGGUUGAAGCCACAGGAUUGUCUCACUUGACGGGGUGCAUGAUGCAGCAUUUAGACAUGGCUCUACUGUCGGCAUUUGUGGAGAGGUGGCAGCCGGACACAAACACCUUCCACAUGCCGUUUGGAGAGAUUUCGAUCCUUCUACACGAUGUGCAUCACAUUCUUCGGAUACCGGUUGACGGAGAGCUGAUGGGAGAUGAGGCGUCGCAGGAUACUCUUAAGUCAGACAUGGGUGGUCUAGUUCGACUUUCGGUGGAUGCUCAGGUUGGUGGUAAGUGGAAGUCGAAGUGGUACGAUAAUGGUGCUAUGCAUGCAGAGGGAUUGUUGGUGCGUGGGGGAGAGCUGAAGAUUAAGGAGAUGGAGGUGCAGUGUUACCUAUUUGUGUUGCUGGGAUCCACGCUUUUUGUGGAUAAGAGUCGUGAUCGCCUUCGUCCUGCGAUCAACUUGUUUCUGAAGGAUCAUCGACGAUUGGCUGAUUACGCUUGGGGAGCUGGUGCACUAGCCUAUCUCUACAGACAGUUGGGAGUGGCCACACGAGCGGGUAGUAAGGGUCUUUGUGGUUGUUUGACCCUGCUUCAGGCUUGGAUAUAUGAGUACUUUCCUCUUUUCCGUCCGAGCCAGCUGCCACAGUCUCCGGAUGCACCUCGUGCUUCCUCGUGGAUUUCUCCCCGUUUGCCAGGUGGGGAUGAGGCUAGACAGAGUAGGCUCUAUAAAGCUCAGGACGGGAUUCAAGCUCCUCUAGAACAGCGCGUCUCAUUUGUGGCCAAUUCCUUUGGUCCCCAGUAG